AUGGCUCCAGCCAUCCCGCCGAGCAGGAAAAGGCCGGGAGGGUUCAGUCCAGUUCUUCGUGAUUGGGACAUCGAUCAGCACGGGAAAGCCACCGUGACCAUGAACUCCCCAGUGAGCAGCGUCGACGUCCCACCGAGUGACCGCUACCACACUUUCUAUGACCCGAAUGAAUAUGCGGCCGCAGAAUUGCUAUGGCAGGUCUUCGACACAGAAUUCCUAGCCGUUGUGGACCCAAUAACAAACUGGAGCCACUGGGAUCCGAAUGAUCCAACACGCCACCCCCUCGAUGAUCAGAAGAACCAGAACGUGGCCAAGGUCACAGACAGAGGGCAAGGGUCAGCCGACAAGAUAGGAGGCGCGAAAGGCAGGGUAAAGAGGGCAGCCAGGACUGACAAUCCUCCACUCAUUACCGGCGCGGCAAUGGGAGUCUACACGACUGACCCGGAUCACGAAGACGAGGAGAUGAGUGCGACAGUACAACAGCUGGGGGAUAGGACUCGCGCCACGUGCUAUUCUCCUGGCAUCUGGAACAUGGCUCUGAACGAAUCGAGACUCACCUCGACAAUACCUCACCCUCGUACACUGGCUACUCAUAUCCCUGACGGGUCAAUGCCGGCGUCGGCAUGGGACGAGAUCCUCGCUGAAGCUACUCGUCCUUUCUAA